AUGCAGAAGGAACGGUUCCAAAUAUCAGGUGCAAAGCUAUGCCGGUGUGUUCUGCUUCUCCUUUGGUGCACGAGCGCGCAUGGCGGCGAUGUAGAGCGAGUGACAUCUCUCGGCACAGUAUCUGGAAGAAAGUUGAACUUGCUGAACACCAUCGUCGAAGAGUACAUCGGAAUCCCUUAUGCAGAGCCUCCGUUGGGAGAACUGCGCUUUCGUCCUCCGCUUCCUUCGAGGCAAUGGACGGACACAUUCGAUGCCACGACGCAACGAACCGCUUGUCCGCAGGGACUCCUUCCGGGCCUUAUGGCGGGUGACGUUGUCUACACCGAGGAUUGCCUCCGUCUCAAUGUCUGGACGUCGCUUUCGCAGCGAUGCCUGAACAAAGACCUGUCACCCAUCCUAGUCUGGAUCCACGGAGGUGGCUUUUCGUACGGCAGUGCCUCCUACGAUAAUUACACGGGUGCAACCUUGGCUGCAAAAACGGGCCUUGUGGUGAUCUCCAUGAACUACCGUUUGGGGGCGCUGGGCUUCCUUGACGCGAACUCGCCGGAAGCUCCAGGCAACAUGGGGCUCAUGGACCAAAACCUGGCGCUUCGCUGGAUCAGGGACAAUGCUGAAUUUUUCGGUGGUGAUUCCUCUAAAGUCACCCUUUUUGGUCAGAGUGCUGGAGCACUGAGCGUUCACGGUCACAUGUUGUCUCCCAUGAGCAAAGGCCUCUUCACGAGAGCCGUCAUGCUCAGUGGCGCAUUGUAUACCAUCGACUCUUACAACUCUCCAUCGUACAGCCUACGCAUGGGAGAGCGACUGGCCAUGCUUACAGGUUGCGCGGAUGGCGAGAGAAAUCUUACUACGCACGCGAACGAAGUUCUGAAGUGUCUCAGGGAGAAUCCAGUCGAUGAACUCGUCUUGGCCACUCACGAAGCUGGCGCGUCAAACGCUUUUACAUUCCUCACAACUUAUCACAACGAUUUCCUGCCCAAGGAACCCAGAAAAGCCGUCGACGCUGGUUUUGCUAGUCAAGUGGACCUCAUCAUCGGGACCACGUCAGAUGAGUUGUCAUCUGUCCUCAUUUACCCUCCUGUCAAGGAAUUCCUGCAAGAGAGACUAGACGGCAUCAAAAGCGACAAAAUUACGGGUUUUUUUGAAGGUGCCAUCGGCGCCUGCUUGAAGUCUCACAUGCCGGGAGAUGAGGAACAUUACGUGGCAAAGACGAGAGAUGCGAGCAACAUUGCACUCACGAGGGCAUACAUACAGUACAUGUCGGACAGGAUGCUUAACUGUCCUGUGCUAUACGUGGCGCAAAAGCACGCCGCCAUGGGCAACAAUGUGUUCUCGUACGUGUACGACUACAAUUAUGUUUCAUCUGACUUGCCCUCCUGGAUCGGUGCGCCCCAUGGUGCCGAGCUGGCCUUCCUUUUCGGCUUCCCUCUAACAGACAUUCACGGCGUCAUUGACGAACAUCGUGCCAUGAGUGAAGCACUUAUCAAGAUUCUUGCAUCGUUUGCCGAAUCCGGGACUCCCGAGCUUCCCAGUGCAGAAGAGUGGCCCAAGUACAGCGAGGACCAACCAAUUUCGGUGGUGCUCGCACCUGGCAACUAUUCGGACAUAUGGGAGUACCGUGGCGGGGAAUGUGAUUACUGGAGGAAGUACCUCUGAGCUGAAGACGAUAUGCACUGCGUCUAGAUUGAGUGCGCAGAGAGGGAGGCCGUUGCGGCGUUAGUGCAGUGUCCUUUACUGAGUGCACAUAAUAAUGCUAAGCGGAAGUACAGACUUCUUGCCACAGUAGACAAUGCAGACUGCUGGCCACCAUCGACUGCAACAGUGGAGGACACUGGAGUCGUGUCAUCGCUGAAGCACUUAAGGGUGUGUCACACUGUCGGUGUUUGUAGUUUGCUUAGGCUACGGUAGAAAACGUGACUAAGUUUGAUGUUGAGAAAA